UUGAAAUUUGCGCGAAAACUUUUAUAUACUUCAGUGCUGCUCCAAGUGACAUAAUAGGAAAUUUCUACCCGUUUGUAAAAUAAUAAUAACAAUGCAAAGCCGCAUAAGACGAUUAACCUAAGAAAACAAAUAAGUAUCAGAAUUCAUAAAAUAUGUCUCAACAAAACGCAGAUCACAAGGAAAAAAAGAGGAAAGAAAGUAUUUUAGACUUGUCAAAAUACCUUGAGAAAAAUAUACGAGUUAAAUUUGCUGGUGGAAGAGAAGCUGCUGGUAUCUUGAAAGGCUACGAUCCAUUGUUGAAUCUCGUUCUUGACAAUACCACCGAGUAUCUACGAGACCCUGACGAUCCUUACAAGCUUAACCAGGACACCAGAAUGCUGGGAUUAGUUGUAUGUAGAGGUACUUCUGUUGUACUUAUUUGCCCUGUUGAUGGAAUGGAGUCUAUACCAAAUCCAUUCAUACAACAAGAUAGUUAAACUUGUAAUUUACUCUAUUUUCCAAUAUACGAUUACAAAUAA